CCUCGGAAGGUGUAUUGUGAGUCGGCUACUACCAACGUUUCUAGAACUAGGUCUGGAAACGUUGGCUACUACAGCUACAUGAAAAUUGCAGAAAUAUUUGGUGGUGUGAUAGAUGUGGCGUCGUGAGAACUUUUCCAGGGGCCACAGUAUAUAUCGCGCACAAAGGCGGGCUCCAAGAAGGGUUUCUGAUACGUUGACGAAGCUGCCCUGUGUCACCCUGAAACUUGCUGGCUACGCUUCAGAGAAACAACCGCAACUAUGUUGACUCCAGCGUUUGAGCUAAGGCAGGAUGAAAACUUCUUAAUUAUAGAGAUCAAGGCACCAUACUCCAAGGUAUCGGAGGCAGAGGUCUACUUCCACGAAGAAGAGUUCACCUUCUACUCCAGGCCGUACUACCUGAGACUUCAUUUGCCUGGAAAAGUGGUCGAAAAUGGGCAUGAAAUGGCCAAGUACAUCUCUGACAAUGGUGUAUAUGUGGUUCACAUGCCAAAGCAAAGUCCGGGCCAGGUUUUCACUGGCUUAGAUCUUUUGACCAAACUCCUAGCUCCGAAUCCGAGGACAGUCCGAGCUCAACCCGUCAUUGAAGUUCUUGAAAACUGGUCUGCCAGUGAUGAGCCACCUGAAGUGGACUGGCACGUGGAGCAGACACCUUGGACCCCUCAGGACGAGGUUUCCCUGCUUGAUGGACGCAAGUAUGGCUUUGACAGACAGAGGACGGGCGUCAUUGCACGCGUUAAGGAGGAAGUGCCUGACCUGGUAGACAUUGCUGACCCUGAGCACAAGAGCGUCAAACAAGCCCGGCAGGAGCGACUCGAGGCAGAGGAGAAACACUUUAGUGCUGAACACUACCUAGCCGACCGCUACGAACCUGCUGGUGUGGAGCAAGUGCUGGCCUAUGAGCCUCCCUGGCGGAAGCUGUGCUCCGAGGGCAGCACUGAUGACCACCUCUUUUGUUUCACAGAAGAAGAAAAAAACAAGAUGCGCAAUCUUCCUCGCAAGGAAUAUCUGCUGGACAGGCAAUUGGUGGUGUCCCUUGAGCUGGGCCUUGUGGACAUCUUGUUUGCCUACGCCUACAACAAGCGAGUCACUGAGGGUGAAGACAUGGUGGAGUCUGGUUGGAACAUAAGCAAGCUCAGUGCAACGCUCGCUUGGUUUGAGGAGUUCUGGUCCUUGGAGCAAACGGUUCGGAGUUGUUUUCGGCGGUGUCUCAUCUAUCCACUCUACCGCCACUGGGCUCUCGCUCAAGCCGUGCUUGGAGAUGUCAUUGAAAUUAUGCAACUGGGUCCCCGGUAUGUACUCAGGUGCCUUCUUGAAAUCCAUGGCAUAUUUGGCCACCACGACUCCAGGUAUGUCCUGAAUGACCUGUACAUCACAGACUACGCAGUUUGGAUACAGUCCAUUAGUCCAAGACACCUGCAGUCUCUAGCAGAUGCCAUGAAACUGGUUAAGGUUAGAAAAGCCGACCUUGACCUGGACAUUCCGGAGCUCGAGCAGGGAGCCAAGCUCGCCAUUGCAGAGGCAGGCACAGAGGAAGCUGCCAGCGGCUUGCGUGCACUGUGCAUCUCCAAUCCUUUAGCUUCAACAGGCGAUGCCCCAAGUGCCGAUAACGUCAUUGCCGAACCACAGAACCAAUGCACUGAUGACAAUGAUAGCACAAGCAGUGACAACAGCUCGUGGAGUGACGAUGAAAGUGACUCAUCAGACUCGACAAGCGACUCAAGCUCGGAGCUGGACUCUGACGAUGACGAAAUUGUCGCAGUCGGUGCGAGUUGCCGUGGAGGAGCUGCUCCUGGCUGUGAGAGUUUGUCUGUGACCUCAAACAGUGAUUCCGACAGUGACGAUGGGAGCAGCUCAGAGGGUGUUGACCUGCUGUUGGUCAAGGACACUGAGCCAGAGAAAUGCCGCUCGUGAUUUCCACGUCUGGGGCGGAAGAACGCUAGCUGCUGAAGCGUGGUGUCUUGAGUGGAAAAUCAGUUCCACAGAGUCGAGCUGCAAGUGCUCGUCGAACUGGGCUGUGGGGAGUGGCGCAUGGAUAGAGUUUGCAACUUGAAACAGUGCGUGAAUAUGGCAAAGGUAGCUAUAAACCGAUUUCCUGAAAACCAUGCAAAGCUGACAAGGACAUUUGGUUCCUGUGUCAAAACCAGUAUGUUUUUGUUUGUUUUGUUUUGAUGAGCGUUCAAUUUAAACUGAAAAUGCCUCCUCCCUCCCGACCAAACGGGAUUCUAUCAGACUCCUAGCAUCAAGAGCAGUGCAGCAGUAUUGUAAAUUAAUGUCCAAGGGGUGCAGUGAUGUGAUCUGCACUGGCCGAGUUCACCAUGAAUGUCAGUGAGCUUUUGCAGCACUUCCACGAGAGUGGCAAGCACUGAUGUUGUGCUUUUUGAAAUGUGGCUCAGAAUGAUGGCUGACAAACGCAUUGGCUGCGGUGGUAUGUGCUGCUCUCACAGUGCAUCAAAACAAUCAAUCUUUCCAGGAAAAUAAAUCUCCUAAAAAAAUGCAAGCAUAGCUAGUGCCUAACAUAAUGGUCACAUUAGUUUCUGUGAGUGGAGGAUAUUCUCUCAUGCCGUGCCAAAGCAUGACCCAUGUUGGGUCUUUCACACGAUUACAACCGAAGAUAUACUGGGUAAAACCAACAUCAUUUGCCACAAUGUGUCUGAGCACGUUUCAUAAUCUAAAGGCCCUGCAACAUGAGUAAUCAUCAAAGGAUUAUCGUGUCGUGAAUGAACUGCUGCAAAAAGUUUUAGAAUCUGUCGGGUAUGAGUAGAGCAUGCUCUUGUAAUGACCGCUUUAUUUUUUUCAUUUUUAAUGCUCAACUUGCUUUCAGUAGGUCAGCUAAAAAUCCAAUGGCAUUUGAGUACAUGGCAUUCUUUUUAGCAAGAAGAUAGAGUGAUUUAUAUCUGACUUUCAGGCUGCACUUUAAUGUUUGACUCGCGUGUUCUCACCAAUCGACAGCAUUUUCUGGCCAUGCUCAAAAAGCAUUGCGGAGGCCUUUUAAUUAGUUGUCUAUCUAAGAUAAAUUAUGCGAAAUUCUUGAUGUUCACUUAAAAGAAAAGUGUGCAUUUUUCAGUGGAGAUUUAGGAAAGACUGAUCUAUUUUUUUUGUGUGCGGUAAUGUACUUGUUGCAUGGUGGUUUUUUGUUGGCAUUUAUAGAAAGCCCAAGAAAUUCGAAAUGAAAUAGUAUAUGACCGUGCUCCUGAAACUAUGAUAUUGCAGUGCUCUCAACCAAGCGAGAGACCUUGGAGCUUUCUUGCAGUUGUGUUGAGCUAAAAAAAAAUGUGCAGUGGGUGAGAAACCUGUAUCUCAGAUUGUGGGAUUGAUCCUGCAUGGCAUAUACACUUGUGCAAAAACCAGACUUCCCUUCAUUUUCCCAUUAUGCACGUUUCUCAUCCCAAGGAGUGCUGUUGCUAAUUUCCAUCACCUCUGGAACAAUUUUCUAUUGAACCUAUCUCAUUUCAUCCUUGCAUUACUACAUUAUUUACAUUUGUUUGUUGUACGCAAACAGUCUGCCCCGUGGCUGUCCAAGUCAUAUUAAUCAGACCUAAAAGAGGCCUUUGUCUUCAUUUUUUUGGCAACUAUGUGCGAUCAUAGCUGAGUGCAUUUGGCAACUUUUUAAAGCUGAGCAGUGACCGAACUGGGUGCUGCAUUUUCUCUCUGCUGCCCAGCAAGCUCUGGGAGUUUAUAUUGCAGCUCAUAAUAAUCGAGGCAUUUUGUUGAACUGUUGAGUAAAAUUAACGUCAGAAGCAUCACGUUACCUUAUGCAGAGCUUUCCAUACAUAAAUACAUAUAUGUAUACUCUACCGUCCCCUGAUUGCAUGGUAUUCAGUACGCUACUUUUUGUCCGUGCCUUUUCAGAAUUCAAUUAAACAGUGCCAAAAAAAAAAAAAAACAAAUAAAACGGCACAGAAAGCGUCACACUUGCCCAUGAAGACAAAAUAGUCCAGUCAGCCACAUUAAGUUCUCAGAAUUAACACAGAAGCAGUUACAUACGGAAAUGAUCUUUAAUAUAAAGUCGCAUGCAUGGAGGACUGAAUGGAAGCAGUUCAGAGAGCACUACUGAUAUACUCUAAGCCAACUUUCUGUGGCAAUGAAGAGAAGGCUACAGAACCAAAGUGGAUGUGUGCCACCUCUGGAGAAUAUAGUCCCACUAAGGUGCCCGUGUUUUCCGAGUGAACAUAUUAAAGAAAACAUUAUUUUUCUACGGGAUGCUGUUUAUAAAAGAGGCGGUACAUGAACCAACGAUAUAUAAUAUUCGUUUCGCUUUGUGAAGUGUCAUUUCACAAUUUUGCAUGUCUGACAACGUCGUACAUUUUAGGUGCACCUCACAUUAAAAAUGGCGUCUUUGUCGUUUAGGUUAAUGCUCGUCGCCCUCCAGCUAUUCCGAUGACUCGAAGAGGAAGCUUGUGUCGAAUCUCACUCACAAAUAUUUGUGCAAACAGACGUAGUGAAUUCUGUGCUGUGGUAUUAUUCGAACACGGCCGGCAUUGAGUCGAGCCAGACAUCUUUGCAGGAGAAUAUAUCUGCUGUAGCUCUGCCCCCGUAGCUUUUUCUUCAUUUCCACAGAAAGUUUUUCCUGAGUAUAGUAGUCUAUGGAAAUCCAAUUUGGUCAAGAUAAAUGUGUUGUGUGAAGCACCUAUGAAGUACUGCAAACUCACUUAAAAUUUCAACAUACAUCCCAUGUAUGUUUUCAGGUCAAUGCCUUCGGUGAUAAAAAAUAUGAGAGCACGCACACCACUCCACUGUCAGCAUCCAACCGGAGUAUUUAGGCAGUGGAUCAGAACAUGUACCGUAUAAACCUGACUAUAGGUUGAGUGGGAAUAUAGGUUGACCCCCCAAGUUCAGGUUACCGAAAAAGAAAAAAAA